UGCUCCGCUCCUGCCGCCAUUGCUUCUCCGUCCUGAGCGUCCUUCCCGGGCAGGGCUGCUGCUCCCGCCGGGUUUUAGGGAGCGAUGACAACCGUGAGGAGAGAGGCGUUCGGGCGGAUGCCCCCGGAGGAGGGAGGCGGAGAGGUGGAGAAGUUCGUCUUGCAGUCGGACAGCGUGAGAGUGGAGAUCCUGUCUUUUGGGUGCAUCAUCUCCACUCUGGAGACAAAAGACAGGGAUGGGCAGUUUUCAGAUGUUGUCCUAGGAUUUGACACUUUAGAAGGUUACACGAGGAAGCACCCGUUCUUCGGUGCUGUCGUGGGCCGUGUUGCCAACAGGAUUGCCAACGGGAGGUUCAGCCUGGACGGGAAGGAGUAUCAGCUGUUCCUCAACAACGGGCCCAACAGCCUGCACGGAGGAGCCAAGGGAUUUGACAAGGUUCUCUGGAGCCCCCAGGUGCUCCCGAAUGGUGUCCGCUUCUUCCGGCUCAGCCCCGACGGCGAGGAAGGAUACCCUGGUGACCUGAAAGUCUGGGUGACCUACACCCUUAGUGGCAGGGAGCUGGCCAUCAACUACCAGGCCCAGACCAGCAAGACAACCCCCAUCAGCCUGACAAACCACGCUUACUUCAACCUGGCAGGGCAGGGCUCUCUGGAUGUGUAUGACCACGAGAUCUCCAUUGAAGCAGAUUCCUACCUGCCUGUGGAUGACACCAAGAUCCCUACUGGGGAGGUGGCUGCUGUGCAGGGCACUGGAUUUGAUCUCCGGCAGCCUGUGGAGCUGGGCAAGCACUUGCAGAAGUUUCACCUGGAUGGCUUUGACCAUAACUUCUGCUUGCAUCAGGGGCAUGAUCGACACCUUGUGGCCAGGGUUUUCCACCCUCCCACCGGCAGGACCAUGGAGGUUCACACCACCCAGCCUGGCAUCCAGUUUUACACCGGGAACAACCUGGAUGGCUCCCUGAAGGGCAAAGGUGCUGCCAUGUACCCCAAGCACUCAGCUUUCUGCCUGGAAACCCAGAACUGGCCUGAUGCUGUUAACAAGCCUCACUUCCCCAAUGUCCUGCUCCAUCCGGGUGAGGAAUACAACCACACCACGUGGCUUGUAUUCAACACUGCUUGAGGAGAAGGGCUGCUGACUUCCACCACUGAGGGGACUUGCACUUCGUUGAGGGCUCCCUGAUGGUGAACGGCUGAAAGGAAAAGAAUCCACAAUUAACAUUUCAGUAGUUGCUUGGGGAUCACAAAUACAGGGAAAAGCAACAGGAGUAUACCCAGUCUCUGGCUCCCUUUAAGCACUCUUUUUUAAUAAAAUAACCAAUCAAUGACAAAAGUUAAGGGGUUGAUGAUUUGGAGAUAACACUUUUUUCUUUACUGUUAUUUUUAAAAUGAGAUCACUGUAAGGCCAUCAAAAGGGUAUUACUUAUAGUGACCUUCAAAGGGGCAAGAUACUCCACUGUUCUGAUACAGCAGCUUGUCAAAACCUGUCAUGAUGAUCACUCAGCAUUUAUGAGCACUUAUUCAUGCCCCUGUGAUUGUUUGACACUAAAGUUGUGAAAUGAACUAUUAAAGAAUUCCAAUUAGGAAAAAAAUACUGUUGAUUCUGUCACUACACGUAUUCUACAUGUUAGUCUGUGCAUACACACAGAGAGAAAACUAUUUACUGACUUACUGGGAAAGAAAAAAAUAAUCUAACAGCAGUGAACAUAACAAGCUCGAUUUUCCAUUCUGCUGUGCCAGCUUAGUCCACCCUACCUUCACCAAUGUCAAUGCAGCUUUUAAUGAGACUGAAAGCUGAUUUCCUACACUUAUUCUAUGCUUUAAGCUCAUCAGUCUCUGUGCAAUAAAACUGUCAGUGAACCAAAAGGAACAGGGGAGCAGACAAGGACAAGGCACGGCUACAUAACCCUGAGGAUUUAUCACCAUAUAUACGUAUUACUGUACAGAAAAGCCACCACCACAACAUUAUUGCUCUGAAAGACAUCUCAACAAAAUACCUCUCCAGUAUUUUCCUACAAGCAGCUGUCAAACUGCUCAGCAGAGAUCAGUGCAGAUACUAAAAUGCCAGCUCUGUGGAGUCUAUGCUAUUAGUAGGGAG